AGUUGACCAAUCAUAACUGCUUCCGCUAAGAAUUAAGAUGGCGGUGGCCUAGACCUAGAAAACUGGAAAACACUGCACAGAUAUGAAUGUAAUUCUGUUUCCAGGUGGUAACAUGUUUGUAUACACCUUUAUAAAAUGACGACUAGGAGAAGACAAUAUGAGACGUCAAGCAUCGUUGCUUCGCACGGGAAAGAAGAAAAACCAAAAGACGUCCGAUCGCCUAAGAGGGUUAAAGAAAAACACAAAUUAAACAAAGGUCCCAGGAAUUCACGGCUUUCUGCAGCUGGCUCUUCUUGUAAAACUCAAAGUGAAGCAGAUGGAAGAACUCAUAGAAGACCUACAAACAUCAAACAUGAUGGCUCUUGCUGCGGCUUUUCUCCAUCUGCAGAGUUUGAUUUGCAGCAAGAUAUAUUUUGGGACCCUACAUCUCCAACACUAUCUCGAUUAGGUAAAGGGACAAGAAAGCUUACAGGUAGCAGACCCACAGUGGAAAUCUCUGAACUUGUAAAUCGGAUUGCUCCAAAAGAUGAGAAGCCACCUACCCAUGACAUUCCUCUAUUCGAAAUGUGGCUUGGUGAAAAUGCAAUUCCAUGUACCCCUGGCUUGCAACGUGCACGACCUUUAAAAAAAUCAAAAAGGAAGAAUAAUGUAGAGGAUCUUAUCAAGCUUGCAAAACAAUUUGACAAAAAUAUGACACAACAAGAUAAGAAGCAAAGCUCGAAAGUUAAUCACAAACAUUUGGACCAUAUUCAUUUGGCAGAGUCCAGUGAAGAAGGGAAAUCUCAAUCAAAAGAGUCAGUUUUAUUGGAAAUCCCAAAUGUUGUAAUGAAUAAUUCUAUUAAAAGUCUCAGUCAACAUUCUGUUGAUCCGGAUGUUGAAGCCUUCAUGAAUGAGAUUUUUGAUGGUCCAACUCAACAUGCCAGUGGAAGUUUAAGUCAGAAUUCAUCAAGUUCUUCACAAGACCAAAACACUUCUGUAACUGUUGGAGUGAGGCAGACAAAAUCUUGCACAAAUGAUAUUAAACAUGAAUCUAAUGAAACAUCGGGAUUUGAGAAUAAGGAAAGCUUACUCAGUACCUAUUCACAAGAGAAUCCAUCCCUUUUCGUUUCAAAGCCAAAAUUAAACAAAUGUGAACUAUUAUCUGAAUUGUCGAAGUCAAAAAUAUCAGAUGGUUUUGAUGAAGACUGGGAUAGUGAUGACUUAAUUAAUGAUUCUUUCAUUAUUGCAGUUUCCCAAAACCCAGAAGCUGUUGAAGUUCAAAAAGAAAAUUGUAUUCUGAUCAAUGAAUCAAGUAAGACAAACUUACAAGAUAGUUCCAAGCAAAAUGUAAUUUCUAUAUUUAGUGACUCAGCCUCACAGAAGGCAUUUAACCCUGCAAAUAACAGAGGGCAAAAUCCAGAAGUGCUUUGUGUAUCUGGUAGUAAUUUUCAACAGUUUAAGUCAAAAACUGAAAUGAAUAGUAACAAGACUUUUAUGUUUAAUAGUUCUACAGAAUCUUUGCCAUUGCCUUCAUGUGUUUUGAAUAAGGGCUCUCUAGAAUUAACAGAUAUACUUGGCAAAUUUCAAGGAGAUAAGUCAGAACAGUUAAAGCCAACAGCUAAACAGAGUAAAUCAUGUAAAUCACUUGGAUCUCUACAAGAAAAUGUAUCUCAGUCAGAUAAUUUAUGGGACGAUGUGGAUGACGAUGAAUUAUUGUAUCAGUUGUGUGACGAUGUUGAAAAGCUCACAGAUUCCCAGAGUGGUGAUCCAAGAAGAAAGAGUACAAAUUGUGUUAUUUCCAAUGAAGCUCAGGUAAUCACUCACAGCAAAAAAUUGAGCUCUUUCUUUUUGCCAAAAGAUGUUACGCAAUCAAGGAAUUCAGUAUAUUCUGGAAACAACGAUCAAAAUAAAAAUGAGCUGAGCUCUGCACAUAAGCAUUUGUUUAAUCGGUCCUAUUCAUAUCCUGGAAAAAGUACUUGUUUAGGAAAUGCUCCAUCUAAAGGUAUACAUUGCCUCAAAACAGCUAUUAAUAAACAAGUUGUUUCUGAAAUACUGACAUCAGAGACAGGCACCUCAAAUUGUAGUUCAAAACGAGCAUUUACAAGCAUAAAAGGCUACUCUGCAGUGUCUUCAAGCUACAGUACUCAAAACGUACCGAGUGGUUCUAGAAUGAGAAAUGAGGUGCUAACUGUACAUAAUCCCUUCAAAAGGCAUCUCUCAGACCCUGUGGCACUAACAAGUAAAGUUAUAAUACCAGAUGACAAGUCCACUAAAUGCUCUCAGCUGGAAAUUGAAUUGAAAAAGCAAAUGGCACUUGAAAGAAGAAAGCAAAGACAACAAGUAGUGACACAGAGUUGGAAAGCCACUUAGUCUUGAAAUAUAAGCACCUUAGUUGGUAUGCAUUUCUUCUUAUAAACUCAAAAUAAAAAAAUUAAACCUCAUAAGUGACCAUAAAUUGUGCAUUGACAAAUGGAUACCCCUUUGUUUUGCAAAAAUAAUUUGUGAGUAUUUUCCAUAUUUUUAUUUAAGAAGGAGUUAUAUCGCACUAAUUAUCUCUUAAUUAAAACAGCUAACUAUGGAGAAGAUGCCAUUUUUUAAUAAUUUAUUGUUUCAAGAUACAGGGCCUCUGCCUUUUAAAAUAUCUUUUCACUGUAUUUCUUGUCUUUGUAUUGAUUGAGUUUAUUGAUGAAUGUUGAGUGUAGAGAGUUCUUUCUUUUUAGUUUUUUUCCUUAUUAUAGUUGUAUUUUGUUUUGAAACCUUGCUGUCAUUUGAUUGUAUUAUAUCAAUGCCACAAAAUAUGCAAAACAUUAAAUUUUGAAAGGACUUUCUUUUGCAAAAGCA